UUACUCAGGCUGCAGGAUGAGAUUGGCCUCCGACAGGAUGCAGAGAACAAUUUGAAUUCCUACAGACAGGAUGUGGAUGAGGCGGCUCUAAAUCGUGUCCAGUUAGAGAGGAAGAUUGAUGCUCUGCAGGAUGAGAUUAACUUCCUGAAGAAAACUCACGAGGAGGAGCUGCGUGAGUUACAGGAGCAGAUCAUGGCCCAGCAGGUGCAUGUUGAUCUGGAUGUAUCCAAACCAGACCUGACUGCUGCUCUUAGGGACAUCAGGGUCCAGUAUGAAACCAUGGCCAACUCAAACAUGCAGGAGACGGAGGAGUGGUACCGAUCCAAGUUUUCUGACCUGACAGAUGCAGCCAACAGAAACACUGAAGCCCUGCGCCAGGCCAAACAGGAGGCAAAUGAAUACCGCCGUCAGAUCCAAGUGUUGACCUGCGAUCUUGAGGCUCUCCGUGGUACA